AUGGGUGGUUUAAGCUUCGCGGGACAGAACUUGGACAAUGAUCUUGUCUCGUCUAUCGCUAGUCUUCUCGACUCAAUAAGUGUCCCAAACCUUCUUUGGGGCAACUAUCUACUUACUGUUUAUGGAGUUCCCACGAUUGUGGAUGGAGCUGCUUUUGUUGUUCCGGAUGAUCUCAUCGAGGUCGCAUUCUCUUCACUCAUGAGUGCUGGCUUUUUACCCUGUAGCCAAACGGGCUGUCCGCACGCAGAUACCUCACGAAGACGACCGGCAUACAAGCACCUGCAUAUCAACGAUGAACUUGCGGUCUCGCUGAAUCGGAAGUCUGAUGUGCUGUGGGAGUUCAAAGACUUCAGAUUUGGGUCUGAAAAAAAUCCAGAUAUCAUGAUUGCGUCGGACGAUCGACUCCCGUCGGCUUCCCCAGGCCGCGGCCAAGGACGCUUCUCAUCACAUCCUUGUGACGUCAAAAUUCCUUGUGCUGUGAGAUUUUGCGAGGCCCUGAUUCUGUUGCUUUGCCGUGACUAUCGCUCUACUUACGAGAUUUAUUGGUUGGCUAUGCUGACUUAUAUAUUGGAAUAUGUCGACGAUACGGAUAUCUUAGAUGAAAGCAAGCUGCAAGAAGGUUACAGAAAGUUUUACCAUGCCCUCAAAUUGGCAGAUCCUGUGAUGUAUUCACUGUUGGAUGAGCUCAGACAUGAUUUGAUUGAAAAGGAUCGCCUCCCAGUGAUAAAUUAUUAA